AUGCACCCUAAGGCUACCCCACCGUCAGGAGCAAUUGUUCGCGACUUAUCUCCAGAUUUCUCCUCACUUUUGCCUGAAGAACUUGACCAACUCGAGCUCGUUCUUAAAAAGCAAGUUUCGAUCGAACGCGAACAAACACAGCUUUUGGCUGGCCUUCGUCGUACUAUGAGACAUCUUCAAAAAACAAUUGAAAAUGAUCAACAACGACCGCGUACACUUUCGUCACCAGUGCAACCGCAUCAACUCGUAUUGACAUCAUCAGAUAUUGUUCAAUGUUACAUUUGUUUUUCUACUAUUGAAACACUUUCAAACAUUUCCAGUUUGUCGCCACCUGUUCUGUGCACUGAUUGCCAUCGGCCUGUCUGUCGUCGAUGUGGAAAUUAUACGUCGCCAGAAUUCGUUCAGCCGUUAUAUGGAAGUCGUUCAGAAAAUUCAACACAUGCUUCCAAAUGGCGUUGUCGUAUGUGUAUUGUACGUCGUGAAGUUGUCCGGAAAUCUGGUACGUGUUUGAAUGUGAAAGAAAAAGGUCGAGAUUGCUCGAGAAAUCAAAACAUUAUGUACAAAUCAGUGACGAGUUUUAAUGAAGCAAGAAAUUGA